UUCUGAAAUAAACUCCUACACUCUCAUUUUUAAACUGUUCCCCAGUUUAAACAUCAAGAUGGGAUUUUCUAUCCACUGCAGUUGGCUUGCUGUGCUUUCAUGUGCCCUUUGGCUGGGAAUUGGGGUACAAUGUUAUUGCACAGAGGAGAAUUUGCAAAUUGAAGGAGGGAAUUACACAUUGGAUUACCUGGACCACGCCAUGAUCUUGGUCUACCACUGUCCUGAGGGCUUCUAUCCAUACCCAGAAAUUACCCGUUUUUGUCAACAUAAUGGCUACUGGAGACCACCACCCAAAAGAUUUCGACCUCAGAAAUGCAGGCUGGUUGAAUGCCCGGACCCCAAUGUGCUGGAGUAUGGAAAUGUCUCGCCCCCUCAGGAAAGGUACUUUGUGGACAAUGAGACCACAUAUGAGUGCUUCUUUGGAUUCAAACUGCGAGGCUCAGCCAGACGUGUGUGCUUAAAAAAUGGGAAGUGGAGCGGCUCGACCCCAAUCUGCAGCCAUGUUUAUACGAGACGCACUCUCAGUCAUCUUCCCAAAGCUGGGGAUCAUUGUGCUGAUCCUGGUAUACCACCUGGUGCCUCAAGAAUGGGGAACGCAUUUGGAAUUGAUGACACAGUAAGAUACACCUGCAAUAGCAACCUGUUUUUGGUGGGCUCCAAAGAAAGAGUGUGUCAGGAGAACGGCCAGUGGACUGGUGAAGAGCCUCAAUGCUACUACAAACACACCUUUGACUCGCCACUGGAGAUUUCAAAGGCAUUUGACAGUGAAAUUAAAGACAACCUAACCACUGAAAUUCUUCCAAGUCAAAGACAAGGAAACAGGACCGCUAUGUAUGAGACUCGGGCCAUUGUAAACAAGUCAGAGAACUACAUCCUCACAGCAAUUGUACCUGCAUGGCAGCGUGUCAUACAGAAGGGGAGAAGAAUCAGGAUUUCAAAAAAUGGAACACUAAACAUUUACAUUGGUGUGGAUAUUUCUGAGAGUAUCAAUGAGAUGUAUAUCAAUAAAUCCAGAGAUGCAGUCGCAAAACUUAUUACAAAGAUUUCAUCUUUUACCGUGACCCCAAAUUAUGAAAUCAUCUUUUUCUCCUCUGAACUCUAUGAAAUUGUCAACAUCAUUGACUUUUUGGAUGAAAAACCACCAGAUGUCAAAUCUAAAUUAGAAGAAUUUGUAGUUGGUGACAGAAACACAGGAACAAAUCUGAACCUCGUCUUCGAGAAAUUCUUGGAGAAAAUGGCUAUUAUAAAGAUUCGAACUGGAGUGGAGAGUUUUAAGGAGCAUCAUCAUGCCCUCAUCCUUUUUACAGAUGGUGCUUAUAACAUGGGUGGUUCACCAGCGGCCACUGUGGCAAAGAUGAAAAAUAUGGUGUAUAUGAACGAGUAUGAAUCCAGAAAUGACUAUCUUGACAUUUAUAUUUUUGGAAUUGGGGAUGACAUCUUUGAUGAUGACCUAAUGCGCCUCACAGCAGGAACUGGAGGGCGCCAUUAUUUCAGAGUGAAUACCUUAGAAAACCUACAAGAGACUUUUGAUGAAAUGAUCAAUGAAGAUGAAGUCAAAGGUCUCUGUGGACUUCACAAAGAGUAUGGGGAACCCUACAAGUACCUUAAGAGGAAAAUGUAUCCAUGGGUGGCGUUUAUUUAUACCCAGGUUGAAGACUACACACGGAGAUGCAUGGGUGCUCUGGUGACCCCUGAGUUUGUCUUGACUGCUGCUCACUGCAUACAUGGAUCUUUACCUGAGAACGUCAUCAUUGAAAUUAAUGAUGGACAAGGCAAAUUCAAAAAAGCAAAAACUGUAAUAUCUCACUCAAACUACAAUGUUACUGCUAAAAAACAUAAAGGAAUUAAUGAGUUUUAUGACUAUAAUGUGGCUCUCAUCCAACUGGAGGAACAUGUUCAAAUCUCCACUGAUGUGAGACCCAUUUGCAUACCUUGCACACUGGAGACCAGUGCUGCUCUACAUUUGGUGGAUCAAACAUGCGAGUCACAAGAGAAACUUCUGUUAAAGAAUCACCUUGAAAGACUCAAUUUCCUGACAAGGACAAAGAAUAUGGUAGACAUAAAAGAUGUUCAUGCCAAGCUUGGAGAUAAUAGAUACGAAUGCAUCAGACAUGCAGUAGGUGUAGAGGGCAUAACACAGGAAACACUGACGGAAGCUGUGACAGAUAACUUUAUAUGCACCGGUGGUCGGGAACCUUUCAGAGAUCAUAUUGCGUGUGCCGGUGACUCUGGAGGUGCUGUGUUCAAGGACUUUGAAUAUCGUACAAUACAGGUUGCAUUGGUCAGCUGGGGAACCGAACACGUGUGCAGUGGUGGUGGUUUUAAAGAGUCGACAAGGACAUCCAGAGAUUUCCAUAUUAAUCUUUUCAGAGUUGUCCCUUUUCUCAAGUCUGUACUUGCAAAGAAAGACCAGGACUAUGCACCACUUGAGUUUCUGGAAAAUUAAAUACAUUGAAAUACUUCAAUACUGUUUUGGGUUUUCUUAUACGAUGUGUGCUCUGUUUAAUACACUGUCUCAGCUUAUGUUUCUUGAUACCUGUUUUUAAAAUGCACAAAUCAGUUAUGUGAGCAUUGUCAGUUAUGCUGUUCUCUACUUUAACUCGUCUGUACAUAGCAUCAUUCAGAAUUCAGCAUUUUGUGUAAUAAAA